GCGGUCUUAAGGAACCGUUCGAUAACUUCCACGUAUGUACACGUGGCCAAUGGGCCAUCUCCCGUGCGCGUGAAGUUGAGGCGGUGGUGAUGGGAGAGCGCGCACCGAUAAAAGAGGAAGAGAGAGAAAAAACGGUGCCGUCAGGGAAAGAUGGCCUCUUUUAAAGCAAACCCCCGUUUCUUUGCUCUUGUUCUCAUCGUGUGCUGCUCUUCGUCGAUCUUGCCUGUGUCUUUUGGAUUUCAAGAAGAAGGAGAGGGUUCGAUUGCGAUGGCUACCCUCGGAGGCGUGCGUGACUCGGGCAACCAGAACAGCAUCGAGAUCGAAGAGCUCGGUCGCUUCGCCGUCCAAGAACACAACAAGAAGGAGAAUGCGCUUGUUGAGUUUAGUCGUGUGGUGAAGGCGAAAGAGCAAGUGGUUGCGGGCACUCUGCACCAUUUGACUUUGGAGGUGAUGGAAGCAGGGAAAAAGAAGUUGUGCGAGGCGAAGGUGUGGGUCAAGCCGUGGCUCAACUUCAAGGAGCUUCAAGAGUUUAGGCAUUUGGGUGAUUCCUCCUCGGUCACUGCUGCCGACCUUGGUGCGAAGCAAGGUGGGCAUCAACCUGGAUGGCGCACAGUGCCGGCACAUGACCCCGUGGUCCAGGAAGCAGCAAAUCAUGCUGUGAAGACCAUCCAGCAGAGGUCCAACUCGCUGGCCCCCUAUGAGUUGCUCGAGAUCCUUCUUGCACAGGCAGAGGUAAUUGAAGAUUCUGCGAAGUUUGACUUGCUUCUUAGACUGAAACGAGGAAGCAAGGAGGAAAAGCUUAAGGUGGAAGUGCACAAGAACCUGGAAGGCACCUUUCAUUUGAAUAAGAUGCAGGAGCAUUCCGACUCCGGUAGUUAAUAAUUGUGUAUGUCCUGUUGCUCUAUCAAGCGUAGGCCCUAUGCUCUUAUUAUUAUUACAGGGCCCUAUGGAUUCAUUAGUGCUGCUCCAUGUGGUAGUCACAAACUUCUGUGGUGAUCUAAGCUGUUACUGAGAGUUAGAUGCUUUUGUUCUGUUCUUAAUGGAUAUAUAAUGCUCUAUGCUUGCUUAAUGCUUAAUAUAAUAUUCCUUACGGAAAUUAUGAUGG